AUGUCUACCGAAAACAAGCCCAAGGGCCCCCGCUUUUCACCCGCUGAAACUACAGUCGUCUUCCUCCUCGGUGGCCCCGGUUCCGGCAAGGGUACCCAGUCCUCAAACCUCGUCCGCGACUAUGGCUUCGUCCACCUCUCCGCAGGCGACCUUCUCCGCGCCGAGCAAAUCCGCCCGGAAUCCGAGUACGGCGAGCUGAUCAAGUCUUAUAUCCGGGAGGGCAAGAUUGUGCCUAUGGAAAUUACUGUUGCGCUCUUGUCGAAUGCCAUGGCGGACAACCUCGCUAAGGGGAACACUACUGCUUCGAAGGGUGGUGAGAAGGCUCGGUUCCUGGUUGAUGGAUUCCCGCGGAAGCUUGACCAGGCGGUGUUUUUUGAGGAGACGGUUUGUCCGUCCGAGUUUACGCUGUUCCUUGAUUGCCCCGAGGAGGUUAUGGAGACGAGGCUGUUGAAGAGGGGGGAGACAAGUGGGCGGGACGACGAUAAUGCGGAGUCGAUUCGGAAGCGCUUCCGUGUGUUUGUUGAGACGAGUAUGCCUGUUGUUACGGAGUUUGGAAAGCAGGAUAAGGUUAUUAGUGUCCCUGCGACGGGUACUGUGGAUGAUGUUUAUGAGCGUAUCCAGGCUGGUUUUGAAAAGAGGGGCAUCCGGCCCUCUGCCUAG